UUAUUUUGUUAUUUCUGUCAAAGUAACCAAGUAACCGUUUAACCGUGUGGUAAAUAGAGGUUAUGAUAUACAUUAAAUAAUUAUUAUGUACGUGUUAUAAAGAUUAUAGUGCAUCAACUAAAAACGAGUUAUAUAUUAGGACCUAGCACCUAAAUAAAAGCUAUCAAAAUGGUGAGACACAACAAUCAGCUGCCGAAUAAUCUGACGCAGUUACAAAACUUAAUAAAAAGAGAUCCAGAAUCUUACAAAGAAGAAUUCCAUCAACAACUUUCUCACUUCGAGACAACAUUGGAAAUAUUCAACUUGAACCCUACCCAAUACAACAAGAAACUAGAUGAACAAGCAAUGUUUUUGGCCCAAGUGGCCCAGUGCUAUCUCAGUGAAAUGAAGUUAUUCCCACAGAAAAUUGUCGACAUUCUGAAAACACAUAACACAGUAUUGCACAAUGAUAUGCGUCUGUCUUUAUGUAAAUGCCUUAUUUUGCUAAGAAAUAAGAACUUUGUCACAGCAUUUGAUUUACUUGAAUUAUUCUUCUUACUCUUAAGAUGUCAAGAUAAGCAUUUAAGAGAAUUCUUAAAAACUCAUAUUAUAACUGAUAUAAAAAAUAUUAAUAUGAAACAUAAGGACAUGAAAUUUAAUUCUACAUUGCAGAACUUUAUGUUCUCAAUGUUGCAAGACUCCAACCCUAAAGCUGCAAAAUUGUCUCUUGAUAUACUUGUUGAGUUAUACCACAAAAAUAUUUGGAAUGAUCAAAAGACUGUGAACAUUAUUGCUGACAUUGGAUGCUUCUCAAAGAUUACUAAAGUUAUGGUUGCUUCUUUGAAAUUCUUCUUAGGCAGAGAUGAAGAAGAAAAAGAAGAAAAUUCAGAUAGUGAAGAAGAAAUAGAUCCAAGAGACACCAUGAUAUCAAAUAAAUUCAACAAAAAGACCAGAAAGAGGGAAAAAAUGGUAGAAAAAGUUAAGAAGCAAGCAAAGAAAAUUAAAAAGAGGAAACAAAAAGCACCAGUAUUCAAUUUUUCUGCCUUACAUCUUAUAAAUAAUCCACAAGGAUUUGCUGAAAAAUUGUUCAAGAAACUAGAAUCUUCUAAUGACAGAUUUGAAGUUAAAUUAAUGUUGUUGGAUGUUAUUUCAAGGUUGAUUGGUUUACACAACUUGUUCCUGUUCAACUACUACCCAUUUAUUGCAAGGUUACUUCUACCCCAUCAGAGAGAAGUAACUCGAAUCCUACUGUUUGCUGCUCAGGCUUCACAUGAACUGAUCCCCCCAGAAGUUCUAGAACCAGUCAUGAAAGCUAUAGCAAAUAAUUUCAUAACAGAAAGAAAUUCCACAGAUGUCAUGGCUGUGGGCCUCAAUGCUGUAAGGGAAAUAUGUGCAAGAUGCCCACUUGCUAUAGGUGAAGACUUACUCAGAGAUUUAGUCCAAUACAAAAAUUACAAAGAAAAAUCUGUGAUGAUGGCUGCAAGGUCUUUAAUCCAGUUAUUCAGACAGUCAAUGCCUGACAUGCUUCAUAAGAAAGACAGAGGCCGGCCAACAGAAGCAUCCAUUGAACUUAAAAAUAAAAAAUAUGGUGAAAUGGAAAUCAAAGACCAUAUACCUGGUUCUGAAGUGUUAUUGGAGAAAGAGGAAAUUAAAGAGACUGGUAAAAAUAAAAAGGUAAAUAAGAAGAAAAAGAAUCAAUCAGAUAGUGAAGAAGACUGGGUUGAUGUUGCUUCUUCAGAUUCUGAAAUAAAUAUAACUGACAGUGAAGAAGAAGAAGAUAGUGAUGUUGAAGAGGGAGAUGAAGAAGAAAUAGAAGAAGAAGCAGAGAGUGGUGAAGAAGAAGGUGGAGAUGACAAAGAACAAGAAGGAGAUGAAACAGAUAAUAAAAAAGAAACUCCCAAACCAACUCAAGACAGGAAAAUACUAAAAGCAAACCGCAAAGCACUGAACCAGAAAACUAAGGAGGAGAAAUUACAAAGUGCUCGUGAAAUAGCUAUGGAGACAAUCUUCACUGAUGAAGACUUCAAGCGCAUUGAAAAAGCCCAACUUAAGAAAAGUAUUAGUGCUACUAAAAGGAAACUAAAUGUAACAGAAGAAGAGGAUGAAUCUGGAGAACUUGUGCAGCUGUCGGCCAUAGAAAAUAUCCAUAAAAAGAGGAAACACGAUAAAGAAGCAAGGUUAGACAGUGUUCACAAGGGAAGGGAAGAAAGAGACAAGUUUGGGUACAAAGAUAGAAGGAAGAAUAUUCAUUGCUCCAAAACAAACAGGGAGAAGAGGAAGACCAAGAACUACCAAAUGGUUAAACAUAAAGCAAAGGGAAAGAUAAAGAGAUCUUUCAAAGAUAAGCAGAUUGCUUUCAGAAAUUAUUUGAUCAAACAAAAGAAGAUGCGUUAAUAAUUUUACAUGUAAGCCAAUAAACGUAAAUGUAUGUUA